CGACGAGCUCCAAUUUGGUAUGUUGUAUCCCAGUAUAUAAGGGCUCCAGCCUUCAGACCAGCAUUUAACGACGCCCCCGACAGCUGCCAUCGAGCGUUUCACCUGCAAAACAAUCACUUUUCCAAAUUCUUGCUUACCGAUUCAUUAUGUCAAACCUGGUGAUUCGUUCUCUUGAGAGAAAUGAGAGUUGGUCGAAAGCACAGGCAAAGGCACGCGCGGCCACCUGUAUCAUCCAUGUCUCUAAUCCUGAUUCGUUUGUGUCCAUCGGGGCUUCAAUCAGUCAAGGCACUGGCACACUUGUUGAUGCAUCGCGCGGCAUUGUUCUUACGUGCAGCCGCGUCAUAGGUAACGGCCCUUCCUUGGGUCAUGCCGUGUUUGGAACAAAGGAGUAUCGUAUCGAGCGAUUAUACAGUGAUCCGGUCCACGACUUCACCUUUGUCAAGCUGCUUACCAAGAAUGGACAAAUACCCGAAGACCUUCCGGAGGGCAUUAAUCUACACCCUGAGCAAGCCUACCAAGGGUGCAAGAUCUGCACCGUCAGUAACCCUGGAGGUCAAGAGAGCAAUAUUGGGCAGGGUUAUAUCUCCCGCACCAACUCUAAUGUCCGCGAAUGGGACUUCGACGAAUGCAACACGGAGCUGAUGACGGCCGCGAUGAAUUGCGAAGGAGGCUCUAUUGGCUGCUCGGCCAUCAACAUCCAGGGCAACGGUCUUGGGAUCAUGAUCGGCUUUGAGGGCACUGUCAUCAAUCUAUUGCCAGUUGAUUUACCGCGGAAAGCCCUUGAGCGUCUUCAGGAUGACGCGCCUGUCAACCGAGGAACUCUUCAGGUCAAGUGGGAACUCAAGCCACUUUAUGAGUGUGAUAGACUCCAGCUUGGCCAGGAGUGGUUGUCUCGCUUUGAAGAUGAAGGGGUGGAGUACCUGGUUUGUGCAAAGGUGGUUCUACCUCAAGGGCCAGCUGAUGGGAAAGUUAAACCAGGACACAUUCUUCUCCAACUCGACGACAAGCUUGUUACAAGUCUACUCCAGGUGGAUCUGUAUAUGGACGCUCAUAUCAACGAAAAAGUCGGAUUGACAUUAUGGAAUGGAAGCAGCUCAAAUGACGUUGAGUGUUGCAUUGAAGAUCUCCACAAUCUCACACCCCAUCACUUGAUUGCACGGCAAGGGACGGUUUUUUUCAACAUGGAUUUGCUCACCGCCUUUGAAUUCAACAUUCCUGUGAAGGGGGUGAUAUCAUCCGCAACUUUUCAGCCUCCUUUUGUUGGGCCAAGCCUGAUCGAAUCUAUCCAGGGCACAGCUUUUUCGAGCUCGGAGGCGAUGGCUACUGUAUUCGAGGCGAAUCAUAAGCACCGCUUUAUCACCAUCUGCUUUAAAAACAUCUGUAGCCACAGCUUGUCGACACCCCGCACCGGAUACCAACUCACCAUAAUGGACAAGCCAUGGUUUGAGAUGAGGAGGCACCCUCAGCAGGGUGGCCCUUGGGUGAUAACAUCAAUGACACGCCCAACAAUCAUUCAGCGACCGCUCUCUCACCUACAAAAUUGUGAAGCAAGUGUGCCGCAGCCGUUGCUACCAGACAACGACAAACCCAAUACCGGCGUCAAGGAGAUCUUCCGUGCCACGUUUUCUUUUAGGGCGAAUAGGAAUAUCUUUUCUGAUGGCAACUGCGACAACAACCAUCUUGGUUUCGGCCUGGUGUGCGACGUCAAACAGGGGCUCGCUGUGGUGCGUCGUGGGACGUUCAGUAUGUUCGAUGAGGUCACAAUCACGAUCAAUGGCAGAAUCAAUAUCUCGGCUAGCGUUGGUUUCUUGCACCCGGCACUAGACUUAGCUGUGCUGAAGUUCGACCCAGUCGGAAUUGCAAACGCUUUUAUGUCCGACCCUACUCUUACCGACAACCCGCUUCGACAAGGAGAUACUGUAUAUCAUGCCCCUUUCGGUCUCUCUGGCAACAUCAUCAACGAGACGCAAGUUGAGAAUAUUGAUGAAGACUCGGCAUAUCGCUUCCACGAUGACACGUCACCGUUCACCGCCUUCUCCUGCACGACCUGUCAUCUUCGUAUCCCUCCCAAAACCUACCAGACUGAGGGUAUCCUGUUAAACCAGGAUGGCACUGUUGCUGGUCUGAUGCUCCCAUCUUGUGCCAUAAUUCCGUCAGCCUUAAUACGGAGCAUGAUCGAGUAUGUUCGAAGUGGCCAAGUGGGGAAACUCAUGUUCCGGGACUUUGACGUUCAUCGUAUGUUGCUAGCUGAUGCUUUCCUGCAAGGACUGGACCGGAAGUGGGGAGAAGCCAUCACACACAAACAUGUGUUGUGUGUUGGGAAGGUACCAAUCGAAAGCCCCUUGCUGUCGUCUAGCAUGAUCAAGCACCCGCUACGCCAUGGAGACAUCAUUCUCAAGGUCGAAGGGCUCCGGGUCAGCACAGUUUCAGAAGUUGGCUUCCAUUACUUGAAGCCCGUUCUGAGCAUCUUGCUAUUCCGCAAUGGCGAAGAGAUCGAAGUUGAAGUACCCACACUCUCUCUCCAAGAUGUCACCAUCGACACGGUAGUUAGUUUCUGCGGCAGCUGGUUGCAGAAGCCUCCUCUUGCUACACGCAUGUCCGGUCGUCCUGUUCAUUCUCAGGUAUACACCACAGCUUUUAUGAAAGGAGGCCAGGCCGAUAUGUUCGAGUUGAAAAACGGAGCUUUCAUCGUCGGAGUAGACGGGAACACAAUCUCAACGAUGGCGGACUUCGUGGGCCACGUGGCCAAGAUACCUUUCGAAAAAUACUUUCGGGUUGAGUUUAUUCCCGAAACGCAGGAACACAGGGUCAUCACUAUGAUGAAAAGUGUCAUAGGCCCUACACUUCUCUGGCGAAAGUUGCCCUCCCAAAACGAGGAAAAGGUUACGGUCAGUGUGGUUGACGACGAGCAGUGGAGUCAAGGAUGGACAUUGCCUAGGGCCAAGAGCGAGCGCAUCCUUCUUGAGCCGCCAAAGUAUUGACAUGGAGGAUUCUGUGGUAAUUUGUUCUGUGGUAGAUUUGAGAGUAAUGCAAGGGAGCUUGAAACUUUGCCCUUACAAAGUAGAUUUGAGUCAGCGCGACCAAAGUCGCUACUCUGAAAGAGCAGAGUGUCUGGGUCGUUGCAUCCGCUCCGGAAGGGGGAGGGGGCCAGGAUUCCGCGCCGCUGACAUGCCUAGCCAUUACCAUUGGCAACGCCCUAGCCAAUCGACGAAGUCUAGUAGUAGAUCCCAGCCACCUAAUAGACGUCCCAUACUGGCGCACUGUUGCUUAUCUAUUGCUUAC